UUGAUUUUUAUUUCAUUUCAGCAAAUCAAACAGAAAGUGGUUAGUCUUCUCAAACGACUCAAAGUUGCUGAUCCAAAUGAAGUGUCCUGCGAGAUAGAGGUACGCUCUGUAGGAACAAAAGUGGAGGCUGUGGUUUUGGGUGUUUAUGUACCCAAGACUGGUGAAUCCAGCAUAAUUGUCGGGGAAAUCGAUACUGGUACAACUCUGCAUCUCUGGGAGGAGAUCGAUAAGAUGGAAACUGUCUCCGACGUUGAUGAGGAUUCUGACCUGGAUACUGGAGCAACUGGGGAGUCUGGAUCUCUUCAGAGUGUUCCAAGGCCUUCCAUUCGCCCUUUCUUCGGCCAUACUGGCAGUUCAGAGGAAACCCUUAGUUUGGAUGCCGGAGCACGACUAUUGAGGCGCCUACAAAGAGAAGCUCUCUUAUCGCCGGAUCCUUCUAGUCUUGGCCAAUUUCAAAACCAACAAACACACCAACAACAGGGAAAAGCACUUCCUGGAACCUCUGGAUUUCUCAGCAAUGAGAUGGCCUCCAACGGAGAUGGUGAAUUACGCCGUCAUCCAACUGGGGGUCGUGGUGGCGUCGGUGGCAGUGGCAAGUUCUCCUCCCGUUUUGGACCGAUGAAAACCCGUCGAACAGUUCCAUCUACAAAAAGAAGGCAAGUCACCUCUGCGUCCUUGAUUCCUCCUCCAUCGAAUACAAGUCCUGCGGCAUUUAUCCCUGCAGUUGUACAGAAAUCCCUCUGUCUCAAUGGUAAUCAUGAGCAUUCUGAUCUGAUGGAGGUUGGCAGUGAGAUGGAACAACAACAGUAUGAAUAUGAAAUAGUUGACGAGGAAUCUACUGAUCCGCUUGCUCAUUCCGAUAUGCCCGUUUUUCCUGAAUCCUUGGCCGACGUCCAAUUCGUGGUCAAUAAUCUGGAACCCGGUGGAAAGAUUGCAGCCGUGGCUCUCACUCAAGCUGGUUGUACAAAACUCGCUCGAGUCUCCUCUUUCACUGAGGUGCGCCAAGUCCUCUCUGGUCUUGUCUCCUGGGCUCAAAUGCACCGUCAAGUUGAAGCCAUCCGUUUCUGUAUAGUCGGUGGUGACGCUCUUCUCAACGCUGUCCUUCGAGCCUUCGUCGAAGUGGCGGGAUCUCGUUCGGAAGCUGUUGCUGCUGCAUUUCGGUUCUACCUUGUUCCAGUCUCGGGACUGGUUCAGUCAUGCUACUGUUCUUGCUACUCUAGACAGGAUACACAAAAGGGUCAUAUCCAACAUCUUGCUGGAUGUAGGCACAGAAGGUCGAGUUCUUCCACACUGCCUCCUCUAUCUUCAUUAACUUCUGUUUUUCAUAUCCCUGCAGACAUUGUCAGACCGUCUUAUCCAGGAUCUCCCUCAAUGCCUCGAGAAUCUCAUCCCCCAACUAGCCCGCAUUAUCGACAUGCUCCUCUUUCUAAUCUCAUUGCCCAACGUAUGUGCGCCUUUGACUCCCGCUACUCCCGUCUUUUCCAUCGACUAGCAACGGAUGUAUCCGUAGAAGGUUCUUUAGGUGGUUCUAAUUCCAGCACACCUGCUCGUGGAAGACGGCCGUCAACUUCAAAGAAGGAGGAAAACGAGUUCGUUAGGCGAGUUGUGACCUACUUGACCUCUGCAGAAUGUCUUCUGGCCCUGCCCAUUGGAGAAUGUCUAGUCGCUGGAGUGAGAAAUAACCUUCCCCUCCUGGGUGGGGCUGGAAUGUUUGGUCCUUCAUCUGCCACGAAUCAGUUGCCUCUGACUUUCAAUCCUCCAUUGCCAAUGGGAACGGCCAGUGUUGAUGGUGGAAGCAGUCUGGAAGAGGAAUCCAGUAAACAGACCCUUGUCCCUUUCCUACUUUGCAUUCGCUUAGGGAGUGAAGCUAUCGUUCGUGGUUGCCUAGCUGAUGGGCGUGAUUCUGUCCAUUCCGAUCAGCAUCAGCGCCAAUCCACCAAUUCUUCUCGACCCUUCGACGCCACCAUGGCAACCGGUGGGGGAGAUCACCAUCCUCCAGGGGCACCACAUCUUACCUCCUCAAGAUCAUCAGCCUGGACUCCCUCUCCCUCCUCACAGAGUAUCUCUCCAAUCAGUGCUGCCAUUGAAUCCGACAAGCCCACCUACGAGCUGCAGCUCGAAUAUUGGGCCCAAAACUCCCAAAUGUCCACCUCCACUUCUGGUGCUGGCAAUUCAAAUAGCAGUGGAAUCUCCUCCUCUCUAGUCCAUUCCAUCAGUCUGGAAGAUCGUGGAGGUGUCGGUGGUGGCGGAAUGAGUUCCCUCAGUACUGAUGGAAAGGCGACUGCUCGUCCGAUCACUUUCAAGGCUGUCUGUAGAUCCAUGGUUGUUGGGCUCAGUAAUCCCUGCAGUCAGAGUCCUCUUUCUACUAAUUAUAGCCUCCUUCAGCAGAAACCAUCCACGUUCCUUAACCUUGCCGUUGUUACUAGGGAAAAGAAACCGAAAAUUAUGCGAAUUGGCAAGAAAACUAGUAAGGAGGUGAUCUUCAAGCCCGAGGUAACUGAGGGAGUCACACGGUUGAUCUGUACUUGCAAGGGUGUCAUCUCCCAUACUCCAAGUGGAGCCUUCGUUGAUACUCUCAGCGACAUUCCUCGUGGAGAAAUUCCCUCUUCUCCACCCAACGCCCCCCUUCUCUCUCAAACUCAAUCAGUCGCUGCCAACUCUGUUGCGGGGGAUACCUGUGUCGCUGUCUCUUCGACGUCUUCAGCUAGGCACCCUUCCUCUUCUUUCUCUCUUCGUGAUGAUCUUGCCUGUGGCCUUGUCUCCUCUGAAAAGAAUACCACUUCCUCAUCUGGUGACAAUGUAUUUGUCAGAAUAUCGAUUGACGGUGUAGACUGGCCCACCUCUCGAUUCUUUCAAGUGGCCCCAGGUUGGCGGACCCAUGUUAAAGUCUUCCCUUUGGUUUGUAUGUCCCCAUCUCCCUCAGUCAUUCCAACAUUUGCUCUACCUCUUGCCAGGGUCAUGGCGUUGGGGACAACGGCACCUUCUGUACAUCCUACCAUCUCUACCGGUGUUUUUGGCAACUCAUAG